GGUGUCUCAGGCUUUGGGAGCGGGAGGGGGUGUAGGGAAGGGAUACAGGGGGAUUCCUGAGUGCUGGCUCUGAAACCUGAGGCAGCUUGUGCUUUGGCUUCCUGUCAGCCCCAGCUGUGCCUGGUCGGGUUUGUCCCUCACCUCACCUCGAAUCCAUGAGAGCCUAGGAGGAGGCAUUUCGCUUUUCCUGCGUCUGGGAGCCCCUGAGACUUUGACCUUUGACCUUUGACAUGUGUGCAGCUUCUGCUACUCCAGAUCUUCAAUACAUCUGGAAUUGAUUUUGGUGAAUGUUGGGAAGUAGGGGGUCAAGAUUCAUUUUUUCCAUAUGGAUAUCCAGCUAUCCCAGGACCAUUUAUUGAAGACUGUUCUUUGCACACUACAGUGUGACUGACUUCUGUCAUAAAUCAGAUAUGGAGGACUUGAAUAAAAGAGACCAACCAUUCAAGACAAUUCAGAAAAACGAUAGCUCAGAUAAUCUGGUGUUCCGUAUGAAAAAUGGAAUGAGAAGCACCAAGUAUAAACCAGUAGACUAUCAACAGUUGCAGGCAUUAACGGAAGCAAAAAAAUUAGCUUCUGCCUCUAUAGAGCUAAAGAUCAGGAAAGCAGAGCAGACUUCAAAGAUAUCUAAGGAACAAACACUAAUAAAACAACACAAGCAAGUGUGGUGGCAGGAACACCAACGGCUAACUGAUGUCAGGUGUAAAAUGGAAUCUGAAAUUAAAUCCUUUCUCAGUGAAGAGAACAUUGGAAAUGAAUGUCUUUCUGACCUUACAAAUUUUGAACAAGAGUUAUCAGAACAAUGGUACACAUAUCUUAAAAAUGUGAUAAAUCCUAUUCAGCAGUUGAGAGCAGAUCUAAAAUACAGACAGCAUCACACUUCACAGCAUUCAUACUCACAUAUUGUGCUUAACUCAGUGAAAGUACUGGAAGAGAUUGACUUUGUGAAAAAACAAUUGACUGCUGUCUUUGAAAGACUUAGUCUGGAGCAACAGAAAAUAGAAAAUUAUCUUUCAGACUGGAGUAUGAAGAUACUAGAUUAUUCUUCAGAAGAAAGAAGUAACCUGCUUAGUGAACUGCCCAUGGAAUUAGAAACUUUGGAAUGCCCAUAUCCUGAUUUGAAAUCUUCAAUCCUUCAUGAGUUCUGUAACUUUACAGAGAAAUAUAAAAAAAAACUUCAAGACUUUGAUCUGCAGUUAGAAGACAUAUCCAGAAACUUCCAAUUAAGUGAAGAAGACCACUGGAUUUACCAGGCUGUUUUGGAUCAGUAUCCUGGAGAUCUCUGCGGCAGAAGAACUCUGUAUCUGAACAUGUUACAAAGAUAUUUUCCUCACAAAUCCAGGCAUGAUUUGGUGGAACAUGAGAAAUAUUGUGAUCAAUAUCACUUUGCCAGGGAGCAGCGAAGGAUCCUGAUAUCAAAUUGGAAUGAGAACAGGAGAGACUUUAUCCAGAAGGCUGUGCUGACCCUUGCCGAGGCCUGUGCAGCACACGCAAUGGAGGACACAUUGGCUAAGGACAGGAGAAAGCAACAGGAACUGUGUGCUCAUCUGAAAGCCAAGGUUCUUCAAUGGCGAGCCCACCAGGAAGAGGUAGCAAGACUGGAAAUGGAAAUUUCUGCCAAGAGAAGAGAAAAGGAGAAGGAGAAAGAGAAGCUAUGGAAGGAGAAGGAAUUGUUACAAAGAGCAGAGAAGAAAAAGAAAAUAAGAAAAUACUGGGCUAAAAAAGAGCAGAAGUGGCAAGAAAUGGAAAUGAGAGAUCUUCAGCGUCUGGAAGAACUGAAGAAAUUAAUGGCUGAACAAUCAGUGAAAGACAGAGAAAGGGUUAAAUAUAGACAAGAAUUACUGGAAAAGCGUUUGAUGGAGAAAAAAGAAGUGGCCCUUCAAGAAGCUCAUGAAGAAGAAGAGCGAGAGAGCCGGCUAGAAGCCCUUAGGAAACAGGUUGCUAUUGUUGCUCAGUUUGAUCCUGUUAGAAUGAUGUCAGAUACAACGGCAUCAAAAGCAAGGAUGGGUAUUGGAAUUGAAGAAGAAUUUAUUCUUCAAAAACCACUCUUUACAUUGAAUACAUACAAUGAAUACCAGAUAAUUUCUGACCCUAGACUCCGUUUUGAGUUAGCGCUUCGAGAAGCUGGACUUCAUAAAACAUUUUAUGCCAAAGAGAUAUUACCAAAAAUCAGUCCUCGAAAACCUCCAAGAAAGGACAUGGAGUCUACUGUAUUUAAAAUCUAGAGUUCAUUUGCAAAUCCUAUUAUAUGUAAAUAAGUUUUUUCUUUGAAAACAAACAUUUAUAUGGAUAACAAUUACUUUCUAAAAAUUUUUAAAAUAUCAGAUAUAGAAAUCAAAGCAUUCAUUAAAACAUCUUUCUUUUAUGACUCAUAAUUUCAUAAUUUCAUGCACUAUUUCCCAUAUCUUUGUUACGACUAAUAGUACUACAUUCAACAAGACUAUGAGACAUAAUUAUGACAUAUAUGAUACAUGUAUUAUCAUUUAGUAAAUUGCAUAUUGGAGGUUGCCUUAUCCCAUGAAAAGAGCUCAAAAUAACCAUUUGCAAGAAUUAUAAU